CACUCUUCCCCUGAACGGCUCCCCAAGAGGAUGCUCUCCCCCUGUAAGGAGAUCCGAUUACUGGAGGGCGGGCUAACAGCCCAACACACUCGAGGAAAUAAUGUAGUGUGCACAAGUUGCUCAAGGCAGGAAUAAGAUCAUUUGCACUUCUUGGCAGCCUCGUGAAUGUGAUUUUCCAGUGAAGUAGAGGAAAUACAGCUCUUCAUACCUCUUCAUGUCAUGAUCGGCAAUUUUUUUUCUGCUCCUGCUGUUGGUCUUUGUUAUGUCAUGCAUUUUUCAUAGGCUGAGCACGGUGAGAAUUGAGUUUCGCCCGUGGGAACAGCUAACACUGUGAAUUUAGGUUAAAGCAACAGUGAGUGGAGUUUAAGGAGACACCUGGACCACUCUUGAUUCCGAAAAUGUCCAUGCCGCCCAGCUUCGGCUUCACGCAAGAGCAGGUGGCCUGUGUGUGUGAAGUUCUUCAGCAAGGGGGGAACAUCGAGCGCCUUGGUCGUUUCCUCUGGUCCUUACCGGCCUGUGAGCACCUGCACAAGAACGAGUCUGUGCUGAAGGCCAAGGCUGUGGUGGCAUUUCACCGGGGCAAUUUCAGGGAGCUCUACAAGGUGCUGGAGAGCCACCAGUUCUCACCACACAACCACCCAAAGCUGCAGCAGUUAUGGCUGAAGGCACACUAUAUGGAGGCAGAAAAGGUGCGCGGGCGACCCCUCGGAGCCGUGGGUAAAUACAGGGUGAGGAGGAAGUUCCCCCUGCCCCGCACCAUCUGGGACGGAGAAGAGACCAGCUACUGCUUUAAGGAGAAGAGCCGCUGUGUACUGAAGGAGUGGUACUCUCAUAACCCUUACCCCUCACCCCGAGAAAAGAGGGAGCUGGCCGAAGCCACGGGGCUCACCACCACACAGGUGAGCAACUGGUUCAAGAACAGGAGGCAGAGGGAUCGGGCUGCAGAGGCCAAAGAAAGGGAAAAUGAGGGCACAAAUCAAAAUGGCCACAACCCCCUGACAUCUCAGAUGAGUGAGAGUAAAUCUCAAGGUGAAAGCUCAGAUGAGGAGAAAUCUCCAGCGGGCAGUCCAGACCCCACCACCUCUAUGAGUCCUGCCAUGUUGAUGGGCUCCAGCUCCGGCCUGCCCACCCUGCACAGCUUUGGGCCUCCUCCGCCCGGUCCCACCGCGGACCCUCACCAGCACCACCAGCCCCACCAUCACCAACACCAACACCAGCACCACCAUCUCUCCAUGCAUGACGGCUUACUUAACCCCAUGGCCGCCAGUCUUGUGGACCUGGGGUCUUAAAUACUAAUGAUGAAAGUGGAUGCACUGGAAGAGACCGCCUUCCUCUGGAAACCAAAGAUGAAGAAGAACCCCACCUAUCCAUUUCCCACACAUUAUCACAUCACAUAACAUUUGUUUCAGGACUUCGAUGAAAUGUAUCUACUGGACAUCUUGUAGUCUUAUAACCCAAUAGUCAAGCUAAAAACAAAAAAGACCAAAGGACAGAAGUUGGCGUCAAUCUUAUGCACUGUACUUAAAAAAGAUGAUGAACCCUUUCCAUGUGAUGAAUCAGUAUAAAUCAGCUUAUAGUUUUUGAUAUACCUUGCUAUAUAUAAACUAAUAAAAUAUAUAUUGAAUAAAGAUAA